AAAAUGGCUUCCAUUACUCUCAAACCCUUCACCGGAUUCCGUCAUCUCUCGCCGGAGAACUCCUCCAUCGCCACCCUCUCUAAUCCGCUCCCCAAAACCCACUCCCGUUGCAGGGUCCUCCGCAUAAAUGCAUCCAACAGCAGCCCGCGAGUCACCGGUCGGAAUCUUCGGGUCGCUGUCGUCGGUGGUGGCCCAGCCGGUGGCUCCGCCGCUGAAACGUUAGCCAGGGGCGGUGUAGAGACGUUCUUGAUUGAACGGAAGAUGGACAACUGCAAGCCUUGUGGUGGGGCCAUCCCACUCUGUAUGGUCGGUGAGUUUGACAUCCCGCUGGAUCUGAUUGACCGCCGAGUCACCAAAAUGAAGAUGAUUUCGCCGUCGAAUGUCGCCGUCGAUAUCGGCCGCACACUCAAGCCCCACGAGUAUAUCGGUAUGGUCCGCCGUGAGGUGCUCGACGCCUUCCUCCGUGAACGGGCGGCUGCCGCCGGAGCCUCUGUUAUCAACGGGUUGUUUCUGAAAAUGGAUCUGCCGAAGUCACCGGCCGCCCCCUACGUCCUCCACUACUCAAGUUACGACUCCAAGGUCGGCGGCGCCGGCGAGAAGAAGACCCUGGAGGUCGAUGCGGUCAUCGGAGCCGACGGCGCGAACUCCCGAGUGGCGAAAUCCAUCGAUGCCGGCGACUACGAGUACGCCAUCGCCUUCCAGGAACGCAUCCGCAUCUCCGACGACAAAAUGAAGUAUUACGAGGAUCUCGCCGAGAUGUACGUCGGCGACGACGUCUCCCCUGAUUUCUACGGCUGGGUCUUCCCCAAAUGCGACCACGUCGCCGUCGGCACCGGCACGGUGACCCACAAGCAGGACAUCAAGAAAUUCCAGCUGGCAACGCGCCAACGCGCGGAGUCCAAAAUCAGCGGCGGAAAGAUCAUCCGCGUGGAAGCCCACCCAAUCCCGGAACACCCGCGUCCCCGCCGGAUCCAGGACAGAGUCGCGCUCGUCGGCGAUGCUGCCGGGUACGUGACCAAGUGCUCCGGCGAGGGGAUCUACUUCGCGGCGAAGAGCGGGCGGAUGUGCGCGGAAGCCAUCGUGGAGGGAUCCAGCAGAGGAAAAAGAAUGGUGGAGGAAUCAGAUCUCAGAAAGUACUUGGAGAAAUGGGACAAGACUUACUGGCCGACGUACAAAGUGCUGGAUAUCUUGCAGAAGGUGUUUUACCGGUCGAAUCCGGCGAGGGAGGCGUUCGUGGAGCUGUGCGCCGACGAGUAUGUGCAGAAGAUGACGUUUGAUAGCUAUCUGUACAAGAAGGUGGCGCCCGGAAACCCCAUUGAAGACUUGAAGCUUGCCGUAAAUACUAUUGGGAGUUUGGUCAGGGCCAAUGCCCUUAGGAGGGAGAUGAAGAAGCUUAGUGUGUAAGAUCAGUGAUGUUAUCAUUGUUAUGAUGCCAAGUAAUUAUGUAAUAUAAAUGGUUUUUGUGAUUGUGAUUUAAGAUUUCUGUUUGUGGUUACAUUUAAUUAAUUAAUACAAGUAAUAAAAGUUUGGAUGUACUCUAACAUUCAAUCUGGUCUGAUAAAUGUUUGGUCUCUGUGUAUUUUAUAAUUACGGAAAUCUGGUAAGGUCUGAUUUGAUCUGAUCUGGAACAGAAAACAUAGUGGAUGAAUUGGUUCGAUUAGGCUGAAUUUUGACUGAUUUUAAAAGAAAGAAAUCAAUCUAUUCGGCCUUUUGACAUUAGUGGCCAAUUUGGGACGAUUUGC